AUGGCGAAGAGAUUCUCUCUUCAGACUGCACUGGAGCUGAUCCUGGAAGAGAAAGAGGAUUGUGAUGAUGCAGCUGAGGAAGAUGUCUCUGAAAAUGAAGAUCACAUAUCUGAACAUUCAGAGUCAGAUAGUGAGUUUGAAGAGGAGAAAACAGAAGACCAUCCAGCAGAGUCAAGAGCCACAAUUCAGCAGCCUGGAGAAGGGAAUCAGUCAGCAAAACACAAGCGAACAUCAGACAUUGAACCACCCUGCCAGCAGCCAGGCCCAGCACCCGCUUGUCAGCAGCAAGCCUGUGAGCAGCAAGCCAUAGGAUGUGAAACUGUAUGGCUGUCAAAAGAUGGGAAAAUUCAAUGGUGUUCCACUUCAAGACCUGAGCCCCCUCGCAUAGCUGCCAAUGUAAUACAGAUGGCACCAGGACCUACACGCUUGGCAGUCACCUAUGUAAGUGACAUAAGGUCUUCUUUUGACAUGUUCAUGCCACCCCCAAUCAAGAACAUCAUCCUGGACUGCACUAAUAUAGAAGGAAGAAGAGUAUUUGGAGAGAGGUGGAAGGAUUUAGAUGAAACGGAUUUAGAUGCAUACUUUGGGGUUCUCAUCCUUGCCGGUGUUUUCAAGUCCAAAGGAGAGGCCACAGAAUCCCUGUGGGACAAAGAAACUGGAAGAGAACUUUUCCAAUCAACAAUGUCUCUGCAAACUUUCAACAUCAUUUCCAGGACCAUCCGUUUUGAUGUCCGUGACGACAGACCAGUUCGACAGCAGAGAGACAAGUUAGCUGCCAUCAGGACCGUGUGGGACAAGUGGGUAGCGCGUCUCCCACUCCUUUAUAACCCUGGUCCCAAUGUCACUGUUGAUGAGCAGCUGAUGCCAUUCCGGGGUCGCUGCCCAUUUCGACAGUACAUACCAUCCAAGCCUGCCAAGUAUGGUAUUAAGAUUUGGGCUGCCUGUGAUUCAGCUUCCUCGUACGCGUGGAACCUACAGGUUUACACAGGGAAAUGCAGGGGAGGAGCCCCUGAGAAAAAUCAAGGGAUGAGAGUGGUCCUCGAUAUGGCUCAGGGGCUGUCGGGACACAACAUCACAUGUGACAAUUUUUUCACGUCACACAAGCUGGGUCAGGAGCUGCUAAAGCGAAAGGUGACCAUGUUGGGCACAGUACGUAAAAACAAGCUGGAGCUCCCUCCCCACCUGCUGAAACUGAACAACAGGCCUGUGUACUCUUCCAAAUUUGCCUACACACCUGACACCACCCUGGUCUCAUAUGUACCAAAGAAAGGCAAAAAUGUGGUGCUCAUGAGUACACUGCACAGGAGUGGAAGAAUCUGUGGUCAGGACCAUCUGAAGCCGGAAAUGGUCAUGGACUACAAUGCCACAAAAGGAGGGGUGGACAACCUCGAUAAACUGGUGACGACAUACAGCUGCAAAAGGAGGACCCUGCGAUGGCCUUUGGUUUUAUUUUUUGACAUGUUGGAUAUCUCCGCAUACAACGCGUUCGUCAUUUGGAUGUCAUUGCACCCACACUGGAAUGAGGGAAUGCUGCAGAAGCGUCGUCUCUAUCUUGAGGAAUUGGGGAAAAUGCUGGUGAGACCACAAAUUGGAAGAAGGCAGCAUCUUCCAAGAACCCCAGUCUCUGCAGCCAUUGUGAGGAGGAUCCAGGAGGAAGACAGUGGUGCCACUUCAUGUGAAAUUACAGAGACAUCAUCUGCAAUGCCUGAGGUAACUGUUCAUAGUACUGAUUCAGUGUAA